AUGGGCAAACGCUCACGUUCAGAUCUCGCUGGUGGCGAUGUUCGUCAUCAGCCAGCCCAUAAAAAGAUGAGGGUCCCGGAUGCGCUGUCAAAUCUUUCAGAGAACGCCGACGACCUGAUCGAGUGCCUGCAAGCGCUCAAAACUCAGAGGGAUGACCCAAAUUUGAUUCGGCGGCUGGCCACAUUGAGCAACGACCUCAUGCCGAGCUUCAAGGCCCUGGCAAAAGGACACGACGAGAAUGCGGCCGAGGAGGAGACCAAGACCCCAGAACAGCCCAGAAUAGAACCUGUUGGAGAACAACAGCCAGAAGUGCCCAUACUCACCCCGUGGGGGCCAUCAGAAGUCGCGGAGGACAUCCCACCUCUCCCAGCUGUCUUGGAUCCAGCUUUGGAGAAGGCAUCAUUCACCCACGCAGGGACCAUCAAGACGCAUGGCGAGCGUAGCUAUGAGCAGUUGGAAUGGCUUGGAGACGCAUAUCUGUACCUGAUAUCAACCGCAUACAUUUACAUGACAUUCCCGCAUCUUCCGCAUGGCGAUAUGUGCCACAUUCGGGAGGUCCUGGUUCGGAACGCCACGCUGAAAGAAUAUUCAAUCCACUAUGGCUUUGAAAAGCGAGCUGUCUUCCCUCCGGAGUAUGACCUUUCUGGUCGGCAAGGUGGUUCGAAGGCCACGGCGAAGGAGCGCGCAAAGGUCUUGGGCGACAUAUUCGAGGCUCACGUCGCUGCUAUUAUUCUGUCGGACCCAAUAAGAGGUGUAUCAAGAACGGCAGCCUGGCUCAAGGAACUUUGGAGUACUACGAUUGCCAAGGAGAUCAAGAAGCAUGCUCAACCUCAGCCCUCCCUUGUUGCUCCUAUGAUGGGAUCCGCGUCUGUGGCUGGUCCUAGACAACCAGUCAAAUCAGCUAAAGACCAGCUGUCAGCAGAGCUGGCUCUGGCCAACCCUCGGGUGACUAUCGUGUACCGAAGUAUCGAUGAAGGCAAGACCAUCCGAGACCCGUUGACCAAACAGGUUUUGUUUGUGCAGGCGGCUAUUCUGGAGGGCUAUGGCGAGACAAAGCAACUGGGGACUGGAACGGCUAAGAAGAAGUCGGAGGCGAACAAUAUGGCUGCGCUGAAUGCGCUGGAAAACAAGAAGCUGAUGAAUACGUACAGGGAAAAGAAGCGGUUGGCUCUGGAGAGCAAGGAGGCUCAAGAGAAGGCAUCCAAGAGCCUAGGCUUCUAG